AUACCUACUUUUACUAACCUAAACUCUCAUUAUAUGAGACAAUGUGACCGUGUAAUAGCUUUACAGCUAUCUCAGGGAUAUCUCUAACAUUUUUAUCUAAAGCAGUUGCACACGUCUCAAGACUCUAACCAAACACGCGCUUUGGUGGGGUGAGUUUUAGAUAACUCUUUUAAGAUUAUUUAAUGACUUUUCUUCCUUUUUCCUUAUUGUUUUCCCUCUGGGUCCCUCUGUGAUUAAUCUUGGAAAUUCUCAUCACUUUAUUUACUGUGAUAAAAUGAUUGUGGCAUUGACUCAGUAUAAUUCUUUACACACAAUUACUUCCACGUUACCAAAAUGUACAUAUUCUUACCAUUGGUCCUCAGUACUUGCCGUGCAAAUUCAAUCAAGACUCUGCAACUGCGACCUGCAAGAGCCAAGAUUUAUUACAAAGGAACCCCACAAAGCACAAUUUUUCUUCAUAAGAAAGAGAAAAUAAUUAAAGUAGGUUCGUUGAAUCUUACAUGCUUCCUGAAAUUGACACGUUGGGCAAGAAAAAUUAUAAAAAACACCACUCAAAGGAUUGAGCAUUGACUUGUACAAAUGCUAGCUUCCCUAAUUUUCCAAUUUCUAUCUCUCUGUUGGGUUGCUUCUCUUGGUUUCCAAAGGGGAACAUCAUGAGCUAAUCUCUCUCUCUGUCUCUCUCUGUAUAUAUGUUAACGUUGUUUCUCGUAGGUUGUUGUGUACUUGUGUUGGGAUCGUAGUUUCGUCUGCUGUUUCUGCUGAGUUCUCGUCUGUCCCAAAGGCGCUCGUAGGGCGGUUGUUAUUGGAAUCAGUUUAAGGCGUACUGUUUCUUUCUUGGCCAACCAAAAGAAAAAAAAAAAAAAGAAAACCUUUGAGGUGUUUCCUGCCGCGGUGUCUGCUCCAAAUCUUCACAGUAUACACAGUAAGCAACAAAAUACACUUUAGUUAAAGCAAAAUGGAGUUUCUUGUGGCAAUCGGAGUUGGAAUUGUGUCAAAACUUGGGGAGGUGUUAGUGGAUCCAAUCACAUCACAAUUCAAACUUAUGAUUCACUAUGACAAAAAUAUCAACAAAAUGAAGAAUGAACUCAACAACUUGGAAGAUAGGAAGCGUGUGAUUGAAGGAACUGUGGAUGCAGAUAGAAGGAAUGGACGUCACAUUACCCCAAAUGUUGAACAUUGGCUCUACCAAGUGGACAACAUUAUUGAAAAUGAAUCAUGGAAAGUGUAUGAUGAUGAAUUAGUCAACAACAAUAAGAAUUGCCUUGGUGGGUUGUGUCCAAAUUUAGUGUUUCGUUAUUCACUGAGCAAGAAAGCAAGAAAAAUGACAAGAGAUCUUGUUUCCUUAAAGGAGCAAAAAUUAGAGUUUAUAUCCUAUCCUAUACCUUUACCAACACUAGGAUCCACCUUCACAGAAGGCAUUAAGAGCUUUGCCUCUAGGGAAUCCAUUAUGGAAGAGGUCAUAGAGAGAUUAAAAGGCGAUGAGUUCCAUAGGAUUAGCAUUUGUGGGAUGGGUGGUGUGGGGAAAACCACCCUUGUGAAAGAGCUUAUCAAAGUUUUAGAAGCAGAUAAGGUGUUUGAUGAAAUUUCAAUGGCUAUAGUGUCCCAAGUUCCUGACUAUAGAAAGAUUCAAGGUCAAAUUGGUGAUACUUUAGGCUUGAAAUUUGAUAAGGAGACUCUGCAAGGAAGGGCAUGUCAACUACUUGAGAGGCUUAAUAAGAUCAAUAAGGUCUUCCUAGUGCUGGAUGAUGUGUGGACAGAGCUAGAUUUGGAGUUGAUAGGGCUUCCUUCAAAUGAGCAAUCUCAUAAAGGCUGUAAAAUUUUAUUUACAUCAAGAAAUGAAGAUGUGUGCCACAGGAUGAGAAGUCAAAGGAACUUUACUAUCCCAAUUUUGUCUAAAGAAGAAGCAUGGGAUCUCUUUCGAUAUACAGCAGGUGAUCAUGUUGUGGACAAAGCUGAGAUGCAUAACAUAUCAAAGCAGGUUGCAAAUGAAUGUAGGGGCUUGCCAAUUGCUAUUGUCACAAUAGGAAAAGCGCUAGGAAAUAAGGACAAGCAUGUAUGGGAGGAUGCACUUGAUCAACUGAGAAGGUCUUCACUAAUUUCCUUCUCAGAGAUGCAAGAAUAUUCCAUAUAUUCAUGUAUCGAGUUAAGCUACAACUUUCUAGGAAAUGAAGAAGCUAAAUUUCUUCUUUUGCUUUGUUCCUUAUUCCCAGAAGACUUUGACAUUCCUAUUGAAGUUUUACUCAGAUAUGGAGUGGGCUUGGGUUUGUUUAAGGAUCUAGGUGCUUUAUUUAAAGCAAGGAAUCGAGUGCAUACUUUAAUCGAUACUUUGAAGAAGCGAUUUUUGUUGUUAGAUAGCAACAAGGAAGAGUGUGUGAAAAUGCAUGAUGUUGUUCGUGAUACUGUAAUAAUAAUUGCAUCCAGAGAGGAGCAUGGAUUUGCAGUGAAAUAUGAUGUUGGACAGGAGGGGUUAAAUGAUGAGUUCAUAUGGCAUCACAAUGCAAUCUCACUUUUGUUAGAUGAGAUUAAGAUGCAUCAUAAGAGUUUGCAAUGCCCAAACCUUCGGCUUUUACAAGUUUUUAUAAAGAGAAGAGAAUCCAUUUCAGAAAAUUUCUUUCAUAACAUGAGCAAGCUAAUGGUUUUAGGCCUAAGUAAUCUAUGCAUACCAUCAAUGUCAUCUUUAUUCCAAACACUCAACAACCUUUGCACCUUACGGUUGGAAGAUUGUCAGGUUGGAGACAUAUCAAUAAUCUGUAAGGAGUUAAGGAAAUUGGAAGUGUUAAGCUUUGCCUACUCUAAUAUCAAAGAAUUGCCAGUAGAAAUAGGCAAACUAAGCCUUCUAAGACUGUUAGAUUUGACAGAAUGCAAUAAUCUUGAUCAGAUAUCUUCUGGGGUCUUAGCUAGCUUAUCUUACUUAGAAGAACUUUAUCUUAGAGUUUGGAAUUCCCAUUGGGAGGGAAAGAAUUCCAUUCUUGCAGAGCUCGAAUCUCUUUCUCAUCAGUUAAAGGUUUUUGAGAUUUCAAUAACAGGAAUUCAUAUUUUUCCAAAAGAUUUGGAAUUCAAAAAGUUGAUAAAGUUCUGGAUCUAUGUGAGAGACUCGACUACUCUUUAUCAUGGCCUUGUUCGUCGGGGAUAUCUAUACCCGAACAUCCUUAAACUAAAUAGUGUGUACUAUAAAGACAUUAAAGAAAAUGUGGCAAUUCAACAGUUGCUUAAGAAAUCUGAAAUUCUCAACCUUGUGAAUGUGAAGCAGUUAGAAAACGUGCUUUAUGAGUUGGAUGAAGAAGGUUUUCCAUGCUUAAAAAAUCUUAGCAUUGAAUUCUGUAAUGAUUUGAAGUAUUUAAUAGAUGAAAGUGUCUAUGCUUCAAGUUGUGCCUUCCGGCUAGUUCAAUCAUUGUCUUUAAACAAUUUGGAUAAUUUAAGAGAGGUAUGCCAUGCCAAGAGUUUUACUUCAAGUUCUUGCCAAUGCUUUGGCAGCUUGAGAGAUCUUAAAGUUGAAUUCUGCAACAAGUUGAAGUAUGUAUUUUCACCAUCUUUAUCUUUGAGCAUUGGAUUGCUUCAACGCUUGCAUGUGACUGAAUGCUAUGAGGUUAAAUAUAUUGUCUCUAAAGAAAUCCAUGUUGAGAAUUUGGUGAUCAAGUUCACAAAUUUAGUAGAACUGAAGCUAGAAGAACUCCCAAGCUUUGUUGGGUUCACAAUAUCGGAUCAUAAGAAUGAGCUUCAUUUAUUAAACUCCCAGGUCCAAGAAGAACAGAAGCUCAAUGAUGACCUACAUCAGGCAGGGUCUAACUCAACAUUAGGAAUUGAUAGAUCUGUUCACAUUGGCAAUACAUUAUUUGAAUCUAAAUGGAUGGCACAGUUCCCAAAAUUGAAGAAAAUUAUAUUACUUGAGUGUUCUUUGUUAGAUACUAUCUUUGACUUGCAACGAUUACAAAUAGAAGGCCAGUCAAUUCCUAUGUUAUUUUCUCAACUCAAAGAAAUAGAGAUAUCUUGGCUUAGCAAGCUACGACAAAUUUGGAGUAAUGUUCCUAGUGAUAUUCAAGGCUUUCAAAAUUUGAGAUCAAUCAAAGUUAAGAAAUGUGAUUCUUUAAGAAGUAUAUUCACUCCCACCAUUGCUAGAACACUCACACAGCUCCAAAAAUUGGUGAUACAAAGUUGCCAAUUGAUGGAAAAAGUUAUUGAAGAUGAUAGAGAAGAACAAGAGAAAGUGGAAACCCUUCUGUUUACUAAGUUAGAUUCUUUGACACUUAAGGAUCUCCCAAGCCUUAUGAGUAUUUGUUCUGUUUGUUAUGAGUUAACCUGGCCAUCUCUAAGAUAUUUAUGCAUUGAUGGAUGUCCCCAACUAAAGAUAUCUUCAAUACCAAUUCAAACCCUAACAAAGCAAGAGAAUCUCAAAAACUCCUUUUCAGAUUCUACCCUCCAGGCUAUUGGUUUCAGCACUACCAAGUUCCUCCCUUAUUGCCUUGGAUGCACUCGAUCAAACAUUGAGAUUUCCAACUCAAUAGGCAAAUCCAAUUUCCAAAGAGUAGGAAAGAUCAACAAGAAGGCUAGUUUGAUGAGAGACCAUAUCUCUUCUGAUGUCAAGAAAGUAUAUAGUAGAGAAGAAAUGAGAUCCUAUAUGCCAAAUCUAGAACAACUUCAAGUAAAAGGAUGGAAUUCACUAGAUGUCAUAUUCCAACUUGAAAAAAACCAGCAUUCUAAUACUAGCAUAAACUGUGUAGUAAAGCUUGUGCCUAUGUUAACAAGUCCAACAUCAAUCACUAGCUUCAACAACCUCAUAUUGCUAAGCUUAGAAGCUUGUCCCAAUUUGAGAUAUCUCUUCUCUCAUUCCAUAGCAAAGCUUCUUAGGAAUUUACAAGAAGUGAAACUAUCAAAUUGUAGGAUGGUGGAGCAACUAGUCAAAAGUGAAGAUGGCUCAGUUAUGUUUUCUCAUGCAAGCUCUCUCAAAGCAGUUGAGGAUGCACUACCAAGUCAUGCAACAUCCAUCUCCAAAGAAUCAUUUGUGUUAGAGUUCCCAUCCCUGAAGAGAAUUAGUAUUAUUAACUGCAUCAUGCUAAAAGUUAUAAUCAAAGAUGGAGAGUGGAGAACUGACAUGACUUCAUUUAAUCAAGUACAGUCUCUUACUUUAAGCCAUCUACCAAAUCUUGUGAGCUUCUGCUACCAGCCUUGCAUUCCUGAACAACCAUCUUUAGAGAAAUGCAAAGCCAACAACCAUUACCAACAAGUUCAGGUUACAUAUGAUGAAAAGAGAAUGAUAAGAAAUGACCCUUCUAUAAACUACCUUUGGUUUUCACAUUUGACAUACCUAGGGAUAAAAGAAUGCCAAAAAAUUAAUUGUUUGUUCUCUCCAUCAUCCUCGGCAAGUCUUGUGUGUCUGCAAGAACUAGAGAUAUGUAAUUGUGAGAACAUUAAGGAGAUAGUAUCGAAACAAGAAAUUCAUGAAGGUUUUUUCAAGAUUAUGUUCCCUAGAUUACAGCGUCUGAAACUUGAACACCUGUCUAACCUUGAGGCCUUCUGCCACAGUUCCUAUGACUUAGAUUUCCCAUUACUACAAGAAGUAUGUUUUGGAAAUUGCCAUAGGAUGGAGAUAUUCUCAAAUGGAUUUGCAACCACUCCAAAGCUAAAUGGUAUUACCAUGAAAGUUGGAAAGCUUACCAAUAUUAUAUGGAUGGGAGAUUUGAACACCACUGCUCAACUUUCUAAAGGACUUUUGGCUUUUCAAACAUCAGAGAGACUUGAGUGGCUCAAGCAAGAACAAGGCAUGCUUAGCUACUUUAUGAAAGAAAUAGAGAUGAAUGUCGAAAGCUUUCAAAGUUUACUAGCACUAGUCCCUUCCAAUGUGAUACACUUGUUUCAGAAUCUGAAGAACCUCACUAUAAAAGAUUGUGGUUCACUUAUUGAAGUGUUUGAAUCAGAAGGAGUAAACAAAAAUAAGAGGCAAAGCAUGAUACACUAUGAGCUAGAAGUCAUGAACUUGCAUUUUCUACCUAAGUUGAUUCACAUAUGGAAAAAUCAUGGUGGGGUUUUAGACUUCCAAAAGCUAAGAAUCUUAAAGGUUGAAUAUUGUGGCAAUUUAAAGGGUAUACUGUCUCCUUCUAUGGCCAAAAGUCUUGUGCAAUUACAACACUUUCGUGUAUGUAAUUGUCAAAUGAUAGAGGAGAUAGUCAUAAAGGAAGCUGAAGAAAAUGAAAGAGAAAGUAAAGCUGAGAUAUUGUUUCCAUUACUGAACAAGUUAGAGCUUCGUUAUCUUCCCAACCUUAAAUCUUAUUGUGCAGAAAGUAUAGACAUUGAACUUCCAUUUUGUGAAGAAAUGAUAAUCGAAAAGUGCCCAAAGAUGAUGACCUUUUCCUAUGGAGCUGUAAGCACACCAAAGCUUCCUAAUAUAUACAAAGGAUCUUAUGAGUAUGUAGACAUUAUGGGAGAUCUUAAUAUGACAAUCUAUCAGGCUCAUUCAGAAGAUUUAAAGGUAGCACUCCAAAGAUCAGAGACAAUUAAUUGGAUUGAGCAAGACAAAAUCCUACUUGGCUACAUAACAAGAAUAACAGAACUAGUCUUUGAAGGUUGUGAAAAGCUGCUGAACUGUGUUCCAUCCAAUAUGAUACAUAGACUGCAACAUUUGAAACAACUUAAGGUCCGAGAAUGUUGUUCACUAGUAGAGAUAUUUGAAUCAGAAGGAGUAGAAGCAAAUGAAGAUGAAAAGCAUGUUGUGACACUACAUGAAUAUAAUCUGCAAGAAAUGUAUUUGUACUCUUUACCCAAAAUAAUGCACAUAUGGAAAAACCAUGGUGAAGUCCUAAGUUUUCGUAACCUUAAAAAGCUAAACAUGGGAUGCUGUGAUGGCUUAAGAAGUGUUGUCCCUUUUUCCAUAGCCAAGACUCUUCUACAACUACAAGAGCUAUCAAUAUAUGAGUGUGAGAUGAUAGAGCGAUAGUCACAAAAGAGGAGGAAGAACUGGGGCCAGAAGAGUCUAAUAAGGCUAAGAAGAUUGUAUUCCCAGAAUUAAGAUGGUUGACCCUUUGUUGUCUUCCCAACCUUGAAUGUUUCUGCUCAAGUAAUUACAAGUUUGAGAUGCCAUCUUGUCAAGACAUAACUAUUAAGGAAUGCUCAAAAAUGGAGACUUGUUGUUAUGGAACUAUGAGGGCUCUAGAUAUGUCAUUUUCUUCUGUGAAAAUAGACCAUUUGGAGUCCUGAGAGGAGCUUCAUUGAUGAGAUAGAAAACAAAAGGAGAAAAGAAAGAAAACAUGAGAAGGUGAUAGAGGAAGACGUUUUCUCCACUAGGGCUUCACUUUUUGAGCUUUUGGGAAGAUAUUUGAGCUAGCCACAUACUUGGAUUAAAUAUUGCUACAUGAGUGGACCUUGUGGAGCACAUAUUCGACUAUUGUAACCUUUUUGUGACAAAGGGUUAAGGUAAGGGCUUGGAUAGGGCCAAAGGAAAGAAAGACUUAGCUGGGAUUUAAAGAGCAUGUGUUUGUAUAGCUCUCCCCCUUCUUUUUGGUUUUGUAAUGAAUAUUUUAGGAAUCUUAUGCCAACUUAGGAUCAUGUAUUGUUUUAAAGUCACUUGCAUGAGAAAAUAUGUAAUUAUCGAUAUCUCAACUUUAGAUGAUGUAAUUGUGAUGAAAUUGAUGUGAGAGGUCAAGAUAUUAGUAUAAGUGAUGUUUUGUGUUGAUUAUGUGGUGGAAUGGCCAUGUGAAUGCUUAAAUGUAUUCAGUUGUUACCCCUUGAAUCCAUUAUGAAAUUGGGAUUUUGAUGGCCAAUUUGUAUAUGAACUAUUGUUAUUGUGGUA